AUGAUGAUAUCACCAGGGUGUUACAACCAACACCAUUCAGAGCCCAAAGAGACGUACAAACUGAGGAGCACUUCCAGACAUACUUCAAAAGAAACCUGUCCUCCACCUUAUGCGGGGAUAUACAAAUCCCUCGAGUCCAUCGGCGGCUCCAUUGCAGGCUCGUUCAGCAUCCUAAAUGCAAUGGUGGCAAACAUUGUGAAGACUCUUAAUUUCAACCAAAUAUUGUCCUCUAAUGCCUCAUUAGCCAAUUUCUCAGACCCCACAGUUAUGAAAAAUUACAUGGAGGCCUUAACACUUACGGCAUCAACAACAUUUUUGACUGGCAUCAUUCAGUUGCUGUUAGGCUGUUCUUGCCUGGGGUUUGUCACAACCUAUUUGCCAAAGACUCUCAUCGAUGCUUAUCUCACUGCAGCAGCAUUGCAUGUCAUUGUAUCGCAGUUUACCUUCGUCUUGGGCAUCGUGAUUGACUUCCACAAGGGCCCCCUUGCCAUUUUCUAUAAUCUAUUUCAUUACUUCCUGGUUCUCCCAAAGGCAAAUGCUACCAGUAUAUUGCUGUUCAUGGUCUGUGUGGUCUUGCUACGAGUCAGUAAAUAUAUCAAGAUAACAUAUAAGCACAGUCCUGUUGCGUUUCCUAUGGAGCUUCUCUUG